GGGAAAAGCCGGUGAGUACAAAGAUUAUGCUGCUGAGAAGGCGAAAGAGUCUAAGGAUUCUGCCGUGGGCAAAGCUGGUGAGUACAAAGACUAUACAGCACAGAAGGCAGGGGAAUAUACAGAGUUUGCUGCACAAAAGGCAAAAGAGGCGGAGGAUACUACGCUGGGAAAAGCCGGUGAGUACAAAGAUUAUGCUGCUGAGAAGGCGAAAGAGUCUAAGGAUUCUGCCGUGGGCAAAGCUGAUGAGUACAAAGACUAUACAGCACAGAAGGCAGGGGAAUAUACAGAGUUUGCUGCACAAAAGGCAAAAGAGGCGAAGGAUAUUACAUUGGGAAAAGCUGGUGAGUACAAAGAUUAUGCUGCAGAGAAGGCAAAGGAGACCAAGGAUUCUGCAAUGGAGAAGGCAGGGGAAUAUACAGAUUAUGCUGCACAGAAGGCCAAGAAGACCAAGGAUGCUACGCUGGAAACAGCCGGUGAAUACAAAGACUAUGCUGCAGAAAAGGCUAGUGAAUACAAGGACUAUGCGGCAGAUAAGGCUAAGCAAGCAAAGGAUACGACAUUGGAGAAAGCUAAGGAAGCAAAAGAUGCAACAAAGAACAAAGCUGGAGAAUAUAAGGAUUAUGCAGCAGACACGGCUAAGCAAGCGAAGGAUACAACAAUGGAGAAAGCAGAAGAAGCAAAAGAUACAACAAUGCAGAAGGCUGGGGAGUACAAGGACUAUGCUUCAGACAAGGCUAUGCAAGCAAAAGAUACAACAAUGGAGAAAGCUGGUGAAUACAAGGAUUACACUGCUGAGAAGGCCGUAAAGGGAAAGGAUACUACUGUUGGCAAAAUUUCUGAACUGAAGGAUUCAGCAGCCGAUGCUGCAAGGAAGGCUGUGGACUAUUUGACUGGGAAGAAAGAAGAGGCAAAGCAGACGGCUCAAGAGACCACUGACGCAACAAAGCAGAAGGCACAAGAGACUGGUGAAGCAGCUAAACAGAAGGCACAAGAAACUGGUGAAGCAGCAAAGCAGAAGGCUCAAGAGACCACUGACGCAGCAAAACAGAAGGCACAAGAGACAGCUGAAGCAGCAAAACAGAAGACACAAGAGACUACUGAAGCUGCCAAGGAAGAGUACCAAGGAACCAGGGAAGAAGCAAGAAGGAAAAUGGAAGAGAUGAAACUGGAAGGAGAAAGGGACAAGGAUGAGGAUACAAGGAGAGCCGAAGCAGAAAGUGGGGAUGGCGGCAUAUUCGGUGCCUUAGGCAUUGUAAAGGACGCCAUCAAAGAUAAACUGACUCCACAUCCAACAGAAGCAAAAGAAGAGAUCCGAGAGACACGCGAACCCGGAGUUCCAAAGGCGGGGGAGAGAUUGGCGGUGGACAAGGAGGGGAUUCCAAUUGUAACGGCGGUGGAUGUAGUGGAGACUCCGGUUGUGGAGAUUGACGUGGAGGAGAAGCCUGCUGGGGCGACGGCUUCGGCAGUGGAGUUUGACGUGGUGGAGACGCCUGCUGGAGCGAAAGCGACUGACCAGAUGAGUGGUCAAACAUUCAACGACGUCGGACGGUUGGAUGAUGAGGGCCGCGUGCGUGUGGACCGUCCUGGAGGGAUGUAGGCUAAUGCACUUGUGGGCUUCUGUCAAGACUCUCGUUUCCUUGUUAUAAUCUGUCGAAGUUUGUGUGUUUCUGUAUUGAAAUAUGUUAAUAGAUGGGCUUCUCCUUCCCGAAAA